GGAACAGAACGCAAGCAGGCGGCAAUAGUCGGAGUGCCGAAGCGAGCGGAGGGUCAGCCAUAUUGCCGCGCUGCAAAUUUAGCUGAGGGGAGGGGAGUAUCCGCGUCUGCAGAUUUGCGGUAGAACCGUCUCAUCUGAAAUCACACCAACUGGAAGGCACUGUGUGAAGACGUCAUCCUGUAGACUAUCCGAAGUAUUUGGAAACCAACUUUACAGCUGCCCGCACGAUCACAAGACAAGGAGUCAACAUGCCUAAAGCUGUCAAUGUUCGCGUCACCACCAUGGACGCUGAGCUGGAGUUUGCCGUUCAGCCGAGCACAACAGGCAAACAGCUCUUUGACCAGGUGGUGAAAACUAUUGGCUUGAGAGAGGUCUGGUACUUCGGGCUACAAUAUAUUGAUGGCAAAGGAUACCCUACAUGGCUUAAGCUUGACAAAAAGGUGUCAUCCCAGGACCUGAAGAAGGAGAACCCACUGCAGUUCAAGUUUCGCGCCAAGUUCUUCCCAGAGGAUGUGUCUGAGGAGCUGAUUCAAGACAUCACCCAGAAGCUGUUCUUCCUGCAGGUGAAGGAGGGCAUCCUCAGCGAUGACAUCUACUGUCCCCCGGAGACGGCCGUGCUGCUGGCCUCCUACUCGGUCCAGGCCAAAUUCGGUGACUUCACACGGGACAUCCACCGGCCGGGAUAUCUCACCUCGGACCGCCUGCUGCCCCAGCGUGUUCUGGAGCAGCACAAGUUGUCCAGGGAGCAGUGGGAGGAGCGGAUCCAGGUGUGGCAUGAAGAGCACCGGGGAAUGCUGAAGGAAGAUGCCAUGUUGGAAUACCUGAAGAUCGCCCAGGACCUGGAGAUGUACGGGGUCAACUACUUUGACAUCAAGAACAAGAAGGGAACCGAAUUGUGGCUGGGGGUGGACGCUCUGGGACUCAACAUCUACGAGAAGGAAGACAAACUGACCCCAAAGAUCGGCUUCCCCUGGAGUGAGAUCAGGAACAUAUCUUUCAACGACAAGAAGUUCAUCAUCAAGCCCAUUGACAAGAAAGCCCCAGACUUUGUGUUCUACGCCCCCCGCCUGCGCAUCAACAAGCGCAUCCUACAGCUCUGCAUGGGCAAUCAUGAGCUGUAUAUGCGGCGCCGCAAGCCCGAUACCAUCGAGGUGCAGCAGAUGAAGGCCCAGGCCCGCGAGGAGAAGCACCAGAAGCAGAUGGAGAGAGCCCAGCUGGAGAACGAGAAGAAGAAGAGGGAGGCCAUGGAGCGGGAGAAGGACCAGAUGGAGAGGGAGAAACAGGAGCUGAUGAUGAGACUCUACCAGUUUGAGGAGAAGACCAAGAAGGCAGAGAAAGACCUGCAGGAGCAGAUGAAGAGGGCCAUGCAGCUGGAGAUGGAGAGGAGGCUGGCAGAGGACGAGGCGGCCCGUCUUGAGGUUGAGCGUCAGGCCGCCCUGCUGGCCAAAGAAGAGCUGGCCCGCCAAGCCCAGGAUCAACUGCAGAACCAGGAGCAGCUGGCAGCAGAGCUGGCGGAGCACACGGCCAAGAUUGCCCUGCUGGAAGAGGCCAAGAGACGCAAAGAGGAGGAGGCUGAUACCUGGCAGAACAAGGCUCGGGAGGCCCAGGAUGACCUGCUGAAGACCAAGGAGGAGCUCCACAUGGUGAUGGCAGUGCCCCCACCACCGCCUCCCAGCAUGCUCCUGGAGAGCCCGAUGGGCGUGGACAACCACUACAUGACUGUGGAGGAGCACAAUGACCAUGACAGCGAGGAGAACAACAGCACCUACAGCGCCGACCUGCAGAAUGAAGGCUUCAACGACCACCGCCUGGAGGAGGAGCGCAUCACGGAGACCGAGAAGAACGAGCGUGUGCAGAAACAGCUCAUGGCCCUGAGCGCAGAGUUGUCCCAGGCACGUGAUGACACUAAGCACACCCAGAACGACCUGCUCCACACGGAGAACGUGCGUGCUGGCCGGGAUAAGUACAAGACCCUGCGGCAGAUCCGAUCGGGCAACACCAAGCAGAGGAUUGAUGAGUUUGAGGCCUUAUAAGAUGUCCCCUCUCCGGAAGCCACAUGGCCACAAACCCUUUCUGUAUGGCCACUGAACGAAUCCCUCCACUGCCUCACACACACACACACACACAAGCGGUAUGAAGCAGAGGGAUGUUGUUACAUUAUCCUGUUAAAUGCUGCCAGGCAGUGCAGUGGGCUUCCGAUAAUCUCGUAAGGUAAUGUAAUAGUGCCAAAAAAAAGAACACACACAAACACCCCUUUUCUGUUCAUCUUUCCUUUUAGCAUAACAAAUCUACUUAUUGAUUGUAUGUAAUUUGGCGCAAUCAGACCACAUCAAUCACCAUUGUUUAGAACCAGACGUAAGAAGAGAAUUUAGUGGGACUAGCAAAUUAUAAUGGGUCACAAUGUGCACAGAAUAGACAUGAAGUACACCCGAUCAGCCUUGCUUUUUAAAGUUUCUUAAACAUACUAUUAAUGUUAAAAAGGGCAAUUAUUUUCUUCCCACAGAAACAACUCAGAAAAGGGCAAAAUACAGUAUAGCGAAAUUCUUAGUUGCAGUUAAGUGUACUCUGGUCUGUUUUAUUUUUUCCAUUAUAUUGUAAACACUUACAUUUAUGUUUUAUUUUCCUCUACAGUAGCUUGAAAAUUAUGACUAGUUCAAUAUUUAUACUGUAUAUGGGUAAUCUAAGAAGGGUUAUUUCAUCUUGGUUUGUAUAUUUGUGCUAUUCUAUUGAUCAUAACUCUCUAACAUCUAUAAACAGUUCUAUAUUGACCAAAAUAAUGGUAGUUUUAUGUAACAUGAGGUUUUAUUUUAGAUCACCAAAUGAAAGAGAUUUAUUUGUAACUUAUUACUUUUUAUUUCAUUUUUUACUUUUGAAAAUAUUCUGCUGUGUUGUCAAAUCAGCAUCAGAUCAAGGACGUUGGUACUUUUUUUUGCCAUGCACUACACGGUAGCUAGCAGCCUUAUAUACCCAACCCAUAUAUGCAUCUUCUCCAGGACUAAAGGUUUCAUACAAAAUCACUUGUGUCCUUUCCCCCGCAUGUUCCCAAUCAUGUCACGGUUAAGCAAAGGAUGAGAAGGGAGAUGAAGUCAGAAUCUAAUGAAGUUAUACGGUGGAGCAAACCGGUUGGACGACAUUCCUUUCACCCAAUUUAGCCCACUGGGAGCGUGGUACUGGCUGUGACCCCCACCAAGAGGCCGUUUUCUAUUAGAUGUUCCUCUUGGGCCUCCGUAGGGUGCACCGGUUAUUUUGAGUAACCCAUAUGUAACUGCCCCAGUCUAAACAAUCAGGCUCCUUUCUUGGGAUAUGUUCUAGACUAGUUUUUACUGACACUCUAACACUGACAACAAGAUGGCCACCGGCCUGCUGUUCUUUAGUUAAAGUGAAUUUUGUAAUGAGGUGUUCGACAUAUUGACAAUAAAGAUCUAUGAUUACA